UCUCUCUCUCUCUCUCUCUCUCUUCUUCUUCUUCUUCUUGUUUAUAUUUUUCUGUCUUAGUUCCGUUUGUUCGUACCUCCUCUUUUGUUGCUUUCGUUGCUUUAGGCUGGCUUUUUCGUGUUCUAGGGUUCUUUGUGCCUCGAUCACUCGGUGUUCUAUGUGAUUUUCGCGUUGAGUGUAUUUACAUUCUUCAUGAUUUUGAGGAUAUUUGUAGUUUGGAUAAAUUUCCUUUUGUUUUAGGAAGUAAAAAGAAGUGAUUUCCGUGGGAUUAAGUUCGGAUUGGUUGCUGAAUUGGGGUUUUGUGGUUGUUACCGAAAUAUUUUCUGGCUUCAUAAGCUUAAAUGCGAUUUCAAAGUUUCAAUUUUGUAGGUAGUGUUGUUAGAGUGUUUAGUGUUUGUUAUAUUUGUGCCAUGAUUCAAAUUGUAGCUGCAGUUGGGUUCUGUAUGAAAUGUUCUAAGUAUUCUGCUAAUUCAGAGGACCAUUUGUUAGAUUUCCAUGGAGUUUGAUGAUCGUUCACUAAUAUUCAAAUGAUUUAUGCAGUUCCGUAUGGUUGGAAAAUCAUAAAUGUGAUGCCCAUCUUAGUGUGACCAGCUUUGGUAGAUGUUUUUGUGAGAGUUCUUUACUUGACACGUGAUGGAUCUUGGCGAUAGUCCUGGAUCUGUUAUAUCAGAACCUCGACCCGAAAUGGAGUUUGACACUCAUGAAGAUGCAUAUUUGUUUUAUAAAGAAUAUGCCAAAUCUGUCGGUUUUGGCACUGCCAAAUUGAGCAGUCGAAGAUCUAGGGCAUCAAAGGAAUUUAUUGAUGCGAAAUUCUCGUGUAUACGAUAUGGGAGCAAGCAGCAGUCUGAUGAUGCAAUCAAUCCUCGGCCAUCCCCGAAGAUCGGUUGUAAAGCGAGCAUGCAUGUAAAACGAAGACCAAAUGGAAGGUGGUAUGUUUAUAGCUUUGUGAAGGAUCACAAUCACGAGCUUUUACCGGAUCAAGCCCAUUUUUUCCGGAGCCAUAGGAACACAGACCCUUUGAAAAGUGAUGCUCGGUUCAGGCGAAAGAAGAAUGUUUCUGCUGUGUCUAAACUUUUUAGUGCCUAUCAAAACCUCGAUUUUCUAGAUUGUUAUGCGAGAAAUCAGCAUGACAAGGGACGUCAUCUCGUUCUUCAAAGCGGUGAUGCUCAAUACCUUCUUGAAUUUUUCAUGUGUAUGCAGGAAGAGAAUCCGAAGUUUUUCUAUGCAAUUGAUUUCAGUGAAGACCAUAGGCUGAGGAAUGUGUUUUGGGUUGAUGCAAAAGGCGUAGAAGAUUAUAGAAGUUGCAGUGACGUGGUUUCUUUCGAUACCACUUAUUUUGUGAACAAGUAUGAAGUACCGCUCGUUCUGUUUGUUGGGGUCAACCAUCAUGUGCAACAGGUUUUGCUCGGCUGUGGAUUGAUUGCAGAUGACACAGUCUACACUUAUGCCUGGUUGAUGCAAACUUGGUUAAUGGCAAUGAACGACCAAGCCCCAAAAGUAAUGUUGACAGACCAAAAUAAUUCCAUAAAAGCAGCAGUUGCCGCACUCUUCCCAGAAACUCGUCACUGCUUUUGCUUGUGGUAUGUACUAGAAAGGCUUCCUCGAAAUCUGGACUACUGGAGCUUGUGGGAAGAUGCUUUCACGAAAAAGUUCUACAAAUGUAUUUACAGGUCAUGGACCGAAGAAGAAUUCGAAAGAAGAUGGCUAAAAUUACUCGAGAAAUUUCAUCUUAGAGAGGUUCAGUGGAUGAGGUCUUUGUACGAGGAACGCAAGUACUGGGCGCCUACCUUUAUGAAGGGUAUUACAUUUGCAGGUUUAUCAACACCUCACCGGUCGGAAAGCUUAAACUCUGUAUUUGAUAGGUAUAUCAAGGAUGAUUCUUCACUUAGGGGGAUUUUAGGUCAGUAUAAACUAAUACUAGAAGAUAUGUAUGAAGAGGAAGCGAAAGCGAGUUUUGAUGCGUGGCAUGAAGUACCUCAAUUGAAAUCUCCAUCACCUUUCGAGAAGCAGAUAUCACUUAUAUACACUCAUGAAAUAUUCAAGAAAUUCCAGCUCGAGGUUUUGGGAGCUGCUGCUUGUCAUCUUAAGAAAGAAAGCGAGAAUGAGGCUGCGGCAACUUACAGUGUGAAGGACUUUGAAGACGAUCAGAAAUAUUUGGUAGAAUGGAAUGAAUCAAGAUCGGAUAUACUCUGUUCCUGCCGUUCUUUCGAGUACAAGGGUUAUCUUUGUAGGCACGCUAUUGUGGUUCUCCAGAUGUCGGGUGUUUUUAGCAUUCCGACAAACUAUGUGUUGCAAAGAUGGACGAAUGCAGCUAAAUUCCGUCACGGGAUCAGUGAAAAUCUUGAUGAGGUGCAGUCUAAUAUCCGUCGUUUUAACGAUUUAUGCCGCCGAGCCAUUAUACUCGGUGAAGAAGGCUCUCUUUCACAAGAGAGCUAUGAUCUUGCCCUGCUUGCCAUUAAAGAAGGUCUUAGACAGUGUGCUAUAAAAACCAAUAACAUCGAAGACCAGACAAGAUCUGGAGAACCAACAAUUCAAGCUGGGUAUCCUGUCCAAGAAGAAAAUGAACGUGGCUCUGCAUCAAAAGAGAAAGCAACAGACCCCAAACCAAACAACAUGAGCAGUGCUGAAACCAGAAGGGAGAAGAAAGGUAGCCAAAGCAAUGUACUGAAAAAAGCAAAGGUUUCUUGCCCAUUUGUGCAGCAUGUGCCUCAAUGUGGAGCUGUUGGUGCCGGAAGCCAAGAAGGGUUUCAGCAGUUGGCUUCUCCAAGACCGUUGCAGGUCGUAAUCCCGGGGCAGUUCCACAACACGAUCCCCUCUGUGUUCCAGAACGUCAUCCCGGCCGAGUUUCAGAACGUUCGGCCUACGAAUAUCCACUCGGGCAAUCCUUCUCCAUAAUUCCGACCACGUUUGUUUCAACUGCAAGACAAGGUAUGAGACAAAGGUAAGCAACAUUUGCUAAGAAACAGCUUGUGUGUUCGGUCUCCUUGUUCUGUGGCUUGUUCCUCUUUUGGCAGAAAUGCACUCUCUUCUUGUUUUUUUUUUGUAUAUAUAUUAUGAAGUCUUCUGUUGUUGACUCCCC